CUUACAAAAUCUGUCCAAUAUCGUCGUUCCAUGGUACUAUUCCCCCAAUCAGAGCUCCUCCUCCGAUCAGUGUGCUCGAAGCAUACCAUCACCGAUAACGACCCUUUCUGCAGUCAGUGUGUUCGAAGCAUCACCCCCAAGUGCAAAUAGAUAGAAAAAGAAUAAAAAAAAAAAAAACCACUCCUGUCAAUGUUCAUUGACAGCGCAGAAACCAAGGGAAAAAACAACUGUUGCUGGAGAAUCAGGAGAAAAAAAGUUCAAAAGUCGGGGAAAAGUAGCAACGGGGAAGCGGCGGCAGCAGCGGCUCAAACCAGAGGAGUCGAUGGAGAAACUCGCUGCUUGCAGCAACGAGUCAUGGGGAGCAACCUCUCCUGCUUAUAGCAGCGGCGGCGGGGCAGCAGCAGCGGCAAUAGCGGCGGUAGUAGCAGCUCAAACCAGAGGAGUUGGUAGUUUUUGGGGGAAAAAACCGAAAGAACUGCGAAGCUACGUUGUAGUUAUGUCGUCUUCUAGGGUUUUUAUAGGUUCUCAAGCUCUCACGGCAGCUGCGAAGGCGGCAAAAGCAUCUAACGCAACCUCCUCCGGCGUCGCUGCUACUAAGCCUCAAGCACCGAACCGUACCAGUGGUAUCUUCAAGGUCACUCCCGUGUCCCCUACCAUGUGCCAGUUCCUCGGCGUUUCUGAGGCCUCUCGUACCGAUGCCGUCAAGAAAAUCUGGGACUACAUCAAACUCAACAGCCUUCAGAACCCAGCAAAUAAAAGAGAGAUCCGAUGUGAUGAAAAGCUGAAGACAAUAUUUGAUGGAAAGGAGACAGUUGGAUUCCUGGAGAUUGGGAAAUUGCCGUCGCCCCAUUUUGUGAAGACUAACUGAGAUUGGAAUUGGCUUUUAACGUUGCCACAUUUUUGUGAUCAUAGACCACUUGGUUGCUUUUCAGGUGUAUUUGGCAAGUCUUUAUGACUUGAAAAUGGACUUGGUUUACAGACCCAGAUUGGGCCUACUCUACAAAAAAAAAAAAAAAAAAACCAGAGGAGUUGGUGGAAUAGCGGCAGUAGCAGCGGCUCUCUGCAAAUCGGUGGAAGAAAGGUUAAAAACCUGUCGCCGAUAGAAAGAAAGGAAAGAGAAAUAAAAAAAAAAACCAACUGUUGCCAGCAAGUUCAUGAGAAAACAACUCCUGUUGCGGCGGCAGCGGCAGCGGAGAUGUGCAAGCUCCCUUCCCUCCUCCACCUCCGGCCAUGGUUCUCUCUCCCUUUGUCCUCCUGCACCUUAUCUCCACUACGUUCUCUCUCAUACUUUGCUGAUUUGAGAAAACGAAAACAGAUCCAACCGGAGUUUGCUUUCUCCGUCUGAUCCGGUAAAAGAUCUCACCGGAGUUCGCUUUCUCCGGCCGGAUUAGUAUAAUGAAUGUCUUUUCCGAUGAGAAGAGAGAGAAGGUGUUGCAACCGUGGAUUAUAAAUUUGUAUAUCUUCUUUUCAUCUAACAGUUCAAUUCUAGUUGAUCAAAUCCUAAGGUUAAAAUCC